AUGGCCGUGUUAGAAUCCCUUCGCUGGAAGACUGGCGACGAAGAGGACGGCACCAGGGUUAGCGGUAGAGCGCAGGCUGGUUCUGGAGCGGAUGGCGAACCGAGGCCUCAGAAGCGCUCGUCGAGUCAGAGCCGCCGAGGGAACGCGACCCUGCCGAUCCAGUAUCGCAGCAUCUCGUUCGAGAUUGACGAUGCUGAGAGAAACCAUCAUCACGCGCAAUCCAAGUCCAAGGCCAAGGAUGCAGUCGUCUUGAAAUUUGAAACCAUCGAAUGGCACAAGCUGCGAAUCGAAGAAAUUCAGAAACGCCUCCAAGUCGACAUGGCCCAUGGCCUGUCGGCCAAAGAAGCUGACUAUCGGUUGCGAAAGCAAGGAAAAAACAAGAUCUCUCCUCUCCCAAACCCCUUGUUUUGGAAGAUAUUCGGAUACUUCUUCAAAGGCUUCGGGUCUAUCCUCUGCGUCGGAGGCAUCCUCGUCUUCAUCUCGUGGAAGCCCCUGGGAGAUCCUCCAGCUAUCGCGAACCUCGCCUUGGGUAUAGUCCUCGUGGCUGUCUUUGUCAUUCAGGCGGCCUUCAAUGGAUGGCAAGAUUGGUCCUCCUCUCGUGUUAUGCAGUCUAUCACCGAGAUGCUUCCCGAGUCGUGCGUUCUUCUUCGCGAUGGUGCCAGGGUUGAAGUCAGCGCUACCGACGUUGUUGCUGGCGAUGUCAUCUUCAUCAAGGCUGGGAACAGGAUCCCCGCCGAUGUUCGCUACCUCCAGGUCUCGCAUGAUACGUCGGUUGACCGUGCCGUUCUGACUGGUGAAUCAAAGCCUAUCAAGGCUACUGUCGACUCAACUGAUGACAACUACCUCGAAACCCACUGCAUUGGCCUGCAAGGCACGCAUUGUGUUUCCGGUAGUGCGCUCGGUGUUGUCGUUUCCACUGGUGAUGCAACCGUCUUUGGCCAAAUUGCAAAACUGACUGGCGAACCCAAAGCGGGUUUGACAACGAUGGAAAAGGACAUCUUUCGCUUUGUCUCGCUCAUCGUUCUCAUCAUGGUGUCGUGGAUCAUUAUUCUAGUGGCCGUCUGGGCUGGAUGGCUCCGCAAGUCUCACCCUGACUGGAUCAACGUAUCUGCUCUCAUCGUAAGCUGUGUGAGCGUGGCCAUUGCGUAUAUCCCCGAGGGUCUUCCAAUCGCCGUUACUUCUAGCCUGACUAUCACGGCGAAUCUAAUGAAGAAGAACAAGAUUCUGUGCAAGUCACUUAAAACAGUCGAGACUCUAGGUUCAGUCUCUGUCAUCUGCUCUGACAAGACUGGAACCUUGACCAAGAACAAGAUGUUUGCUACUGACUGCUCUCUAUACACCACUGCUUUCACCCCUGAAUCAGCCAUGGACGACAUCCGUCUCAAACAAGGAAGCUCAGGCAUCCAUCAAAUUCGAGCAGUGGCGGGACUCUGCAACUCUGCUGAAUUCGACCCCGAGUCUGAGAAAGAGGCUCUGGCGGACCGGCACAUCUUUGGAGAUGCCACCGAUCAGGCAGCCAUGAGGCUCUCGGAAGGGUUUGGUCCCGUCUCAGGGCUACGCAAGGAGUGGACAAGUGUUUUUGAGCUGUCUUUCAACAGCAAGAAUAAGUUCAUGGCAAAGGCCUUUACUGCUUCCAAGAGCCAGGAUGUUGAUAUUUGUCUUGGAGUGUCAGGGGCUAAGGAGUUCACGGCUGGCAGCGUGCUGCUGACGGUCAAGGGUGCCCCGGACAUUCUACUCGGACGAUGCACCAGCAUGGUUCAACCAGAUGGCUCUGUGGCGGCCUUGACUGAGGACAAAGCUAUAGCGGUGAAGCAACUCAAAGAUCAGUGGUCCUCUAACGGCAAACGCGUGAUUCUACUCGCUCGAAAGAUACUCGGUGCCGAUAGAAUCCUCCCGGAUACAUCGUCGCCUGAAUUUGAGACUCAGAUGAUGCACGAACUUCAAUCUGAGCUUACCCUGGUUUCCCUCCUGGCGAUGAUCGACCCGCCCCGUUCUGAGAUGCCUGAGGUUAUUGCCACGCUGCGUGGAGCUGGAAUUCGUGCCUUUAUGGUUACGGGUGACUUUGGACUUACAGCCUUGGCUAUCGCUCGCCAGUGCGGCAUGGUUACUGCUCAAGUCGUCCACGACGCAUCCUCCCUUGUGAGAUUCCCAACAGAAGAAGACCACUCGAAGCAACCACGAGAUGCUGCGCUCCUCCUCUCUGGCUCAGACUUGAUGAGUCUCAACGAACACCAGUGGGAACAGCUCUGCAAGUAUAACGAGAUUGUCUUUUCCCGCACAACACCUGACCAGAAGCUACGCAUCGUCCGCGAGUUCCAGGCCAGGAAGCAGAUCGUCGGCAUGACCGGUGACGGAGUCAAUGAUGCACCGGCUCUCAAGGCUGCAGAUGUCGGGAUAAGUCUCACUAGUGGUUCCGACAUCGCCAUCGAGGCGGCCGAUAUGGUACUGCUAGAAUCGUUCUCCGCCAUUGUUGAGGCUGUAAGAUUUGGGCGAGUUGUCUUUGAUAACCUCAAGAAGGUCAUUGCCUACCUGCUCCCAGCAGGCUCAUUCUCCGAGUUCUGGCCAGUCUUCACCAACGUGGUGUUUGGACUUCCGCAGAUUUUAUCCUCUUUCCUCAUGAUAAUCAUAUGUUGCUUCACCGAUUGCGCCGGCGCCAUCGUUUUAGCCUACGAAAAGCCCGAAGCAGACGUCCUGUUCCGACCUCCACGCGACCCUAGCAAGACACACCUCGUCAACUGGCAGCUCAUAUUCCAUGCGUAUGCCUUUGUUGGCGUGAUUGAGAGUGUCUGCUCUUUCGCCAUGGCGUACUGGUACCUAGAACGAAAAGGCAUCCCUUUCUCGGACCUGUGGUUCAAGUUUGGUGAGGUUCCUAAGCAUCUUGACCCAGACUACUACUAUGCCCGGCUUAACGAGGCUAGUUCGAUUUACUUUAUGAAUCUUGUCGUCAUGCAAUGGUUCAACCUCAUGGCGGUUCGCAAUAGGCACCUAUCCAUCUUUCAGCACCCCCCUGUGUUCAACAAGCGCACGCAGAAUUUGCUUCUCUUUCCUGCAAUCCUAUUUACACUGGGAGUUGCUGUCAUCUGGCUGUAUAUCCCAAGUCUUCAAGACGUUUUGAGUACCGCUGGCGUUCCCGUUGAGCACUAUUUCUAUCCCGCGGCUCUUGGAUUCGGUCUUUUCUGUUUGGAUGAGGGUAGGAAGGCAUGUAUUCGUCGCUGGCCAAACUCGGUGCUGGCCCGGAUGGCUUGGUAA